AGGUAAACUCGUCCAGUCUAAGGGUCUCCACAUCAUGCCACUCAUGGAUUACCCAUCUUUACCCAGCUUUUUGAAAACAAUCCUUCUAGCGGACACUCAGCUAUCUGUCUAGAAUGCUACUUUAGAAACUACUAGGUCACCAACAAUUUCAGAUAGUGUUAGAGAAGUGUGAAGGUUACAUUUUUAAACAGUGACGAGGGAAAGUAUUUGAGGUCAUGGGGAACUCAGAGAGCGUUUGGUGGAUUGUAGUGGAGUUUGCCUGUAGGAUCCUUGGUGUUUCUACGGCAACAGUGUUGUGUGCUGUGGGAGUGGAGACCCUACAAAAGGGAGAAUUCAACAGCCUUGGCAUCUACCUACUAGUGUCAUCUGCUGGCAUCAUGAUGUUUGAGAUGGCCUAUUUCCUGGAUGCUCUUCUGUUCAUGUGUCUGCCCUGUCCUCCAGACUGGCAGCUGUUUAUAUUGUGGGGGAAGAUGGCUCACAUUGGAGGCUUCCAAAAGUUCCUCUAUUACUCCAUAAUGUCAGUGGUCUGCUUCUUGCACCCUGUGUUGGUGUGGCAUGCAAUUAUCCCAGGGACAAUGCUUCUGGUCACAGCCUUUUCCAACUUCAUACUAAGCAAGAAAACAAAGAUCAAGUCCCCUAAAAGGCCACAGGAGAGCCACAGCGACCACAGCCAGACCACCGUCUGUGGGAUAGAGGAGGCGGCCUCGGACAGCACUUUUUCAUUCCUCCACAUGGUGACGGGAAGGAAAGUGGGGGGACUGGCUCUUGCAACAAGAGACCGCUGUCUCUGCCCGGGAGAGAGAGGAGAGAGCAUCCAGGCCAUGCUGGAGCUGGAGCAGACAGCAACACCUAAAGACACAGACGGGGAGAGGAGGAGGUGGAACGAGAGGAGGCUGGUAUGCUUCAGAGGUAGGGAGGAGCCAGUGGAGAGAGAGAUGGAGGAGAUGGACGGCUACUGUGAGCCAGAGCCAGACACCACCUCAGACACUGCUCCUAUGAUUACUGCCUGAACGUUCUUCUGUUUUCAGAAUGAGCUCCUUACUGAUGUCACACAAAGGAAAGCAUGUGCAAUGUGCAUCUAGCUGGUGCUACACUGACUUUUAGUUGGAAAUAAUAUUAUAAAAUGUCUGACAUUAAAUGUUUUACUCAUUUUUGUAUUUUUUAACUUUAAAGAGAUCUAUUUGUACAAAAUGAACAUUUUAUGUCUGAGC